GCCUCCCUGGACUUCCCAAGUGGGGGCAGAGCAGUCGCUCGCGGGAGACGUCAGUUAGAAGGCAUUGGAAAAGAGGGACCUUCAAACUCCUCCUCGGCGUCUCCUCUCCUCCCCCUUUUGGCCCCUGCCCUUGGAGAAAGUGGAGUGUGGCGCUUGGUUGUCGUUAUUUCUUCGGACUGCUUCGCGGUGCACGGAUUCAGCUUCUGCCCAGUGGGGCUUUUCAGCUGUUGGCGCGUCUCUCUGUUCCCCCCUCCCCCGGCACACCUCUGUCUACGAUGAGGAAAGGUCUGCGGGCGACAGCGGCCCGCUGCGGACUGGGACUGGGAUACUUGCUGCAAAUGCUCGUGCUACCUGCCCUGGCCUUGCUCAGCGCCAGCGGCACUGGCUCCGCCGCCCAAGACGACGACUUUUUUCAUGAACUCCCAGAAACUUUUCCUUCUGAUCCACCUGAGCCUCUGCCACAUUUCCUUAUUGAGCCUGAAGAAGCUUAUAUUGUGAAGAAUAAGCCUGUGAACCUGUACUGUAAAGCCAGCCCUGCCACCCAGAUCUAUUUCAAGUGUAAUAGUGAAUGGGUUCAUCAGAAGGACCACAUAGUAGAUGAAAGAGUAGAUGAAACUUCCGGUCUCAUUGUCCGGGAAGUGAGUAUUGAGAUUUCGCGCCAGCAAGUGGAAGAACUCUUUGGGCCUGAAGAUUACUGGUGCCAGUGUGUGGCCUGGAGCUCAGCGGGUACCACAAAGAGCCGGAAGGCGUAUGUGCGCAUUGCAUAUCUACGGAAGACAUUUGAGCAGGAACCCCUAGGAAAGGAAGUGUCUUUGGAACAGGAAGUCUUACUCCAGUGUCGACCACCUGAAGGGAUCCCAGUGGCUGAGGUGGAAUGGUUGAAAAAUGAAGACAUAAUUGAUCCCGUUGAAGAUCGGAAUUUUUAUAUUACUAUUGAUCACAACCUCAUCAUAAAGCAGGCCCGCCUCUCUGAUACCGCAAAUUACACCUGUGUUGCCAAAAACAUUGUUGCCAAGAGGAAAAGCACAACUGCCACUGUCAUAGUCUAUGUCAAUGGCGGCUGGUCCACCUGGACAGAGUGGUCUGUGUGUAAUAGCCGCUGUGGACGAGGGUAUCAGAAACGUACAAGGACUUGUACCAACCCGGCACCACUCAAUGGGGGUGCCUUCUGUGAAGGGCAGAGUGUGCAGAAAAUAGCCUGUACUACGUUAUGCCCAGUGGACGGCAGGUGGACGUCAUGGAGCAAGUGGUCUACUUGUGGAACUGAGUGCACCCACUGGCGCAGGAGGGAGUGCACGGCGCCAGCCCCCAAGAAUGGAGGCAAGGACUGCGACGGCCUCGUCUUGCAAUCCAAGAACUGCACUGAUGGGCUUUGCAUGCAGAGUUUCAUUUAUCCCAUUUCAACUGAACAGAGAACCCAGAAUGAAUAUGGAUUUUCUUCUGCUCCUGAUUCAGAUGAUGUUGCUCUCUAUGUUGGGAUUGUGAUAGCAGUGAUCGUUUGCCUGGCGAUCUCUGCAGUUGUGGCCUUGUUUGUGUAUCGGAAGAAUCAUCGUGACUUUGAGUCAGAUAUUAUUGACUCUUCAGCACUCAAUGGGGGCUUUCAACCUGUGAACAUCAAGGCAGCAAGACAAGAUCUGCUGGCGGUACCCCCAGACCUCACGUCAGCUGCAGCCAUGUACAGAGGACCUGUCUAUGCCCUGCAUGAUGUCUCAGACAAAAUCCCAAUGACCAACUCUCCAAUUCUGGAUCCACUGCCCAACCUGAAAAUCAAAGUGUACAACACAUCAGGUGCUGUCACCCCCCAAGAUGACCUCUCUGAGUUUACAUCCAAGCUGUCCCCUCAGAUGACCCAGUCGUUGUUGGAGAAUGAAGCCCUCAACCUGAAGAACCAGAGUCUAGCAAGGCAGACUGAUCCAUCCUGUACCGCAUUUGGCAGCUUCAACUCGCUGGGGGGUCACCUUAUUGUUCCCAAUUCAGGAGUCAGCUUGCUGAUUCCCGCUGGGGCCAUUCCCCAAGGGAGAGUCUACGAAAUGUAUGUGACUGUACACAGGAAAGAAACUAUGAGGCCACCCAUGGAUGACUCUCAGACACUUUUGACCCCUGUGGUGAGCUGUGGGCCCCCAGGAGCUCUGCUCACUCGCCCUGUCGUCCUCACUAUGCAUCACUGCGCAGACCCCAAUACCGAGGACUGGAAGAUACUGCUCAAGAACCAGGCAGCACAGGGACAGUGGGAGGAUGUGGUGGUGGUCGGGGAAGAAAACUUUACCACCCCCUGCUACAUUCAGUUGGACGCAGAGGCCUGCCACAUCCUCACAGAGAACCUCAGCACCUACGCCCUGGUCGGGCAUUCCACCACCAAAGCGGCUGCGAAGCGCCUGAAGCUGGCCAUCUUUGGGCCCCUGUGUUGUUCCUCGCUGGAGUACAGCAUUCGAGUCUACUGUCUGGAUGACACCCAGGAUGCCCUGAAGGAAGUUUUACAUCUUGAGAGACAGAUGGGAGGACAGCUCCUAGAAGAACCUAAGGCUCUUCAUUUUAAAGGCAGCACCCACAACCUGCGCCUGUCAAUUCACGAUAUCGCCCAUUCCCUCUGGAAGAGCAAAUUGCUGGCUAAAUAUCAGGAAAUUCCUUUUUACCAUGUCUGGAGUGGGUCUCAAAGAAACCUGCACUGCACCUUCACCCUGGAAAGAUUUAGCCUGAACACAGUGGAGCUGGUUUGCAAACUCUGUGUGCGGCAGGUAGAAGGAGAAGGGCAGAUCUUCCAGCUCAACUGCACCGUGUCAGAGGAACCUACUGGCAUCGAUUUGCCGCUGCUGGAUCCUGCGAACACCAUCACCACGGUCACGGGGCCCAGUGCUUUCAGCAUCCCUCUCCCUAUCCGGCAGAAGCUCUGUAGCAGCCUGGAUGCCCCCCAGACAAGAGGCCAUGACUGGAGGAUGCUGGCCCAUAAGCUGAACCUGGACAGGUACUUGAAUUACUUUGCCACCAAAUCCAGCCCAACUGGCGUAAUCCUGGAUCUUUGGGAAGCACAGAACUUCCCAGAUGGAAACCUGAGCAUGCUGGCAGCUGUCUUGGAAGAAAUGGGAAGACAUGAAACAGUGGUGUCCUUAGCAGCAGAAGGGCAGUAUUAACCACCAUCCUAGAAGGGGAAAUGAAGGACAAAAAUGCACAGGGAGUCUGUGGCCGUCCAGGGGAAUCACAGUGGAGGAGGAAAUCCAGACGAGACCAAUGCGCUUCACAGGCAAGACUGCAGCAGGAGCCAGAAGGAAAACAGAUACAACUGCCAAUGUACAUGCCCACUUUACUCAGACAUCAUCACGGGAGUUAAGAAAAAUUGUGUAAAUUUGCACCUUGAAUUUAGCUAUCAACCUAAUUUUCCUAUUAGUUGGGCUGUAUGCUGUGUGGUACAGGAUCUUACAGUUUCCUAGGAAACGCUUUUUAUUGCUAUCCAGAUAUAUGGAUAAACUUUCUUAACAAACCCAAUUUCUACAAAUGUUGUUUACAUCAAAUUGGACAGGGAUGCAGACACUGUCCAUGGCUCGUUCUAUUUUUGUUCAAAUCAUUUGAAGUUGAAGCUGUGGACGGUUUGUUGUGUCUAUUUCAGAUUAGUAAUUUACAGAGAAAUCAGACUUUUGCUACAAAUCGUGUGCAUCAAGUGUCUCAGAUAAUCCUCCCAUCAGUGUUCUGUUUCUAGAACUUGUAGAACCAGUGUUACUGUUUGUAUCAGGGAAGUGGAGAAUCUAAGUGUAAAAAAGAAAUAACUAAGACUCCUAUUCCUUGGAGGGACCCUUCUGGUGCCCUUUGGGAAUAAAGCUGUAGCAUUGCAGGGAAGACAGUGAUUCAUGUUUAACCCCACAAACAAGCAUUUUUUCACAACGUGUGUUUGUAAUAUGCAAUAUGAAGUGUUUUUUUUAAAAAAGGUAUUAUUAUUAUUAUUGAUAAGUAUUUACAGGUAUUCUAGUAAAAGGAUUUUUUUUAACUUCUAUUUUUGUUAGUGGUACUGUUAGUAUUUGGGUAUUGACUAGACCUGCCCCACCUUUUCACCUAUCAAGGUGGGUGUGGUCAUCAGUUUAAUUCAACAUGCAUAGCUUCCUUGACCUUUUACCUUUCUUUCCCUUAUUCUGCCCCAGAAAGGUGAUAAAUGCUCACUGGCUUUGUCAGUCUGUUCCUUCAGCUUGCUCAGGCAGGGUCUUUCUCCUCUGAGUCUUAUGAUGAGAUGUGUUCUCUAUGAACUUCUCUUACUAUUGCCAUUGUGUGGCCCCACGUCAACUCCCCAUGGUGCUCUACUUUAGAGGCAGUGUGGUUGGAGGAAUGGACUCUGAACUGGAGAUCAGGAAACCAGUUCUCAUGUGGGUCUGUCACUGUCUCGUUGUGCCACCUUGAGAAAGUCAUUUAACCACACUGGACCUCAGUGUCCUCACUAGAAAGUGAAGGGGUGGGAUUAGAUCAUCUCCACAUUCUGAAAUGCUCAACUUCCACCAUGAUGCCUCCGGUCUCACUCAUCUGUCUGAAGACCACAAUGGACUCUGACCUAGAUCAUUCAAAAUAAUCAGCUGGUCUUUUGCCCACGCUAUGUUAUGCCUUUCAAAUAGUUCUGACAUGGAAGAUGAUUAUUCUAACCUGCAUUAUGUUUGUUUGGCUUGAGUCGCUCUGCAUCCUAUUGCAUUAUGCUGUUCACUGAGAGAUGACAUCCCUUUAUUAUCAUUUUCUUAGCCUCUCUUGGGACCCCCCUGCCCCCAGUCUUCCUGACUGGUUGCAAAUUCUGUUUUACUAUUGUCUUGGCAUCUUGAUAUCUAGACCACUCCUACAAGUUUAUCUGGCAGUAGGAACUUGGUGCAUUUUUUCUACACCCCCCAACCCCCACCCAACCCCACCCUGAAUCUUUGCUGUCAUAAUAUUCAGUAGCAUUUAUAAAGCCUGUCUAAUUAGCUCUUUAAAAACUGUUGUCCUGCAGAAUGUUAGUCAACACACUACUUUGUGGAAACUAACUAUUAUGUUUCCUUGGGACCAUCACAAGCUCUUUAACACAAGGACUCAAUUCAUUCAGCAGGUGGGGAUUAAAGAAUCAAAGCCCAGUAGCAAAAUCAAAACUAAACAAGCAGACAUGUGUAUGAAUCAGAACCUUUAGAACAUGACUGUGGUUUACUUUUAGGCUGGAGGCACACAAGUUGCUGAACAGAUUUGAAUUAUACAUGUUCUUCCAUCCUUCCAUGUUUCUGCUCCUAUUUUGAUAGCAUCUUGAUAUUGAUGCCUCUGCCAUCCUCAUCCCCGAGGAACUGCUGAUACCUUGCUAUGGAGUCUCUUUCAUGCUUUUUAUUCCUUAUCUUCUGUUUUGGACAUAUAUUCUAUAAAACCUCUCUCAGUCCACCCCCGCAUUAGGAUUUCCAUAUUUAAAAUAUUUGUACACUGACUGGGGAAGGGAGAGAUUGCACUAGUAAACAAGUUCAGUGGACAAUGUUUGUAGCAAAUUAAAAAUCAAAUAUAUAUACCCACAGUUAUACACAUACAUUUUUUAAAAGGAGGAGGAGGAAAGAGAGCUAUUGUCCACUCCUACAUUUUGAAAUAAACUUGUCAAGAUUACUCAUUAAUACUGGGGUUGUGGAAUCAUCUAGGGAACUCAAGAACUAGAAUUAACUGAAUGCUGAAACUUCUAUGCCUAGUGAAAAUGAGAGGGGAGCAGCUAUGUAGCUAUGAAGAUGAAUCAAUUCCAUAACUGUUACUAAAAUCUUUGACUAAAAAGUCACCAACAACACAGAAAUACUGAACACAAACAGGAACUGUUUUACUAAAGUCAUUGAGAACCCUUGGGGUUCACUUCAGAUGCUUGUUUUUUGGUUCAACCUCCCACCACCAGACAAAGGAAAAGCGACUGAUUUCUUGUGUGUGGUACUCAUCUGCCAGUCAUAGAACUCUUAAUGUUUCCUAUCAAGUGAAUGACAACUUCCAUACAUACACUAUUUAUACCAAAUAAUUUUCACUACAAAUUCUGAUUUCCUUCUCCUUUGGAGUAAAGUAAUAGCUGUUAGAUUGCUUUCAAACUUAGAAGGUCCGGAUAUAACAGUUCAUUUCAUAGGAAGCCACUUCAUCAACUAUUCUGAUACGUCCUGCUUCUUUCUACGCCGCUGGAGAGGCAAGUUUGGCUGGCUUCAUUUGGAUAGAAAAAACUAUCAUUUGUACAUGCUGCCAUCUAGUGGUGUACAACACAAUCUAACCUGAGUUUAAUAUUCACGAGAAUGUGUCUGACAAAAGGAAUGAAAAGUUGUAAAGUUCAAGGACCUUUAUGACAAACAGAUGUGGGAAAAUUUUCGCUUCAAAUUUAUAAUUUUCUUAUUCUCACUUGUUUUUCAUUUGCAUCACCCAUCUCAAAAUUAGGUCACUGUGAGCCUAGUACAUCAACUCAUUCCUACACAACACAUCUUAAGUUGCCUCUUGUAACAGAGCUAUGUAAAAUCUAUAUAAAACAGUCUUUGCAGAGUUGUCAUUUUUAUCAUUUAUGGUUUUCAUUGGGGUUUGUAUACUUUAAAUCGCCUUAAUAUUUAUCUUUGGAAAUGUAAGAAGUAUCUGCUUAGAAAGAAAUAACUCUUACAUAUGCAAAUGGAAUACUAUGUCUGGGGAAGAGAAAAUUGGGGUUGUUAAUCAAAGGGAAGAAAGCAGUUUAUUUUCUCCUGAAUUUGAGAAUCCAAAGGCAGAGGUUCCAUCCUGUUUUUAUUUUCUUCUUAUCACACUCAUUCAAGUUUCCUUAAUGUAUCUGGAAGGAAUAGAAAAGUUGGAUUCAGAAUUGACAACUGGCGUGGUGAUGACAAACCUGUGUAACACCAAGGUACUCACAGCUAACAGCUGUUUCACAAACAGCAUCUUCCAAAUGAAUAGUCGUCAGCUGUGCUACGCAGAAAACCCCCCAUCCUGCUGUGAGCAAGUUCGGGUCUUCAAAAACUGGACAACAACUUUUUGGGUGAGGUGUUCAAUAUCAAACUGCAUAAUCAGCCAUUUUCAUGUAUACUAUUUUAUAGAUUUAAAUCUCUCAACUAUCAAAAAGUAGAGCAAUUUUUAGGAGAAAAAAAUCGUGGGGACUGAGUUCAGGACACUCUGAAAUUGUGCGACCAGUGAUUUUUUUAAAGGUAUUUUUUCCUACAAGUAAGAUAUCUGAAAAGUGAAUUUUUGAGGGUGGAAUCAAGACUUUUCACUUCUCCUGGAGAAGAGCAACAAGGCUCUUAUCUCAUGUGUCCUUCUGUGUAUCUCUGUCAGCAUUACAGCAGCUGUGCUCUUGGUCUGCUUCCUCCUCUGUAAUCCACGGAUGCAGAAUGGAGUUAAUAAGAUGAUUACCAUCUCCCCAGAAUUCACAGGUCUCUGCCUCUAUAAGGUCUGCCCCUAUGGGGCCAGGAAAAUAUAAACCUAUAUAAGGACCUGCAAGAGAGCGUAAAGAAGGUAGAAAAGGUUUACUUGUUGGGUUUUCAAGCCUUCAAGUUGAAUGAGUCUUAGCUUUUGCUUGGCAGUUGUUCUGGACAAGUCAUCAGUUUCAUGUGGAGAACUCAGUGCAAGCCCAAGGCUAACGAACGAGAGGGGGCCCAUGGAAACACAGCUGAAAUGAAAUGGGGCUUCAUCCAUCUUCUUUGAGAAUGGAGGAGCUUUUGUGAAGCAGAACAUCAUUGCUCAAGAUAAUGGUUGAUAAGCAUUAGAUUUUAUAGAUCUAAUAAGGAAAAUAUUUUAUCUCAAGUUAACAAAACUUUAUCUUUCGAGUGCCUCAUAGGACCAACUGUUACUCUUUGGUUUUUAUUUUUCUUUUUGUAUUAUUUUUAUAUAUUCUUUAAUCUUGCUGAGCUAAUGUUGACUGAAAUCUUUAGAACUUUGCCUCUGUGCAAUGAAGUAAUGUUUCUCUACCCUAAGAGAUCUAUUUGUAUAAUCUCUGGCUGUAAUGAUCACUUUGGAAGAUUUCCUUUGCAUCUCUAUUUCUUUUUAAUGGAAUAAGGCAUAAGGGGGAAUAAAUAUAUUGUAACCAAUGUUAUGUAAACCCAUAUCCAUACAGGCCAAGGAAGCCAAAUGAAGUCAUUAAUAUUUCCAGAAUUCUAGUGUGAAAAACCUAUUAUUUUCGAAAGGUGAGGAGAUGACUUUGUGUAGCACUGGGUGGGUUUUCUCUGCAGACUAAGUCUAGCAAUGAGCUUCCAGAUCCUUUAGUUUUAUCAGCCUUGUGCUUACACCAUUUUCAUAAAUGCUACUUUAACAGCCUGUCUUCAUAAGAGUUCAUGGUUCCUAGGUUUUCCUGUCACCUCAUUGUAUUGAUCUGUGGUAGGCUAUUAACGGGCUCAUUCAACAAAUGUAAUGUGUGCCUCAGACCUAUUUAGCAUGGUUGGGGGCAUCAGCAGGACAAAGCAACAGGUAGUCUGCAAGUGUACUGGCACACCAAGCCCAGCAAUUAUUAGCAGCUCUUCAUAAGCCUGCUGUCUACUCAGACGCUUGCCUACUGAAGGGACCUGUCCAGUGAGCUUCUGGAAUCCCAGGUUGGGAAUCUCUGCAGAGUAUCAUGAGAGUUGUGGCCCAACUAGCUUCUAAGUAGAAACAAGGAAGCUGCCCUGCGAUAUCGUCAGCUGCCCACCUACCAUAGUGUUUGCUACUGAAUACCAGCCUUUUAACAUACCAUUUCAGAUCUGUCCUUCAACAAAAAUAUAAAUUGCAAAUCAUAUAAUUUAAGGGUCUCUUACAAAUAUACCUAAGUUGUGUGUCAUUUUUAAGUUCCAAAGGCCUACUGGACUAAGUACUAUGAGACCAGCUGUAGAAGCUGAUGGCACUGAUCCGGGGUGGAAUAACCAUCAGUACCAGUGUUUAGAAGAUGAACUGUAGGCAGGUUUUGCUGAUCAACAGCCUAAGGAUGGAUGGGCUCUCUUCUGGCCUCUGAUCCUGAGCACACGGAGGCAGCAUCAGAGAAUUGGGACCUGAGCUAUAUAGGUUCUCAAUGUGAAACCUAUUUAGAGUGACAUAUAAGAGCAAGAAAGCUAUAGCUGGUAUAAAAUACCUUUGCCUUCUUUUCUAUUCUGAAAGUAAUGAAUGGUAUCUGUACAUGUAGGGGUAAAAACUCAGAUGUUUAUUCCUCCAGGCCAUGGAUAAAAAAAAGUACAGCAGUCAGAACACGUGGGAACAAGUGAUUUGCAUUCUCUUCUUCAUGCUUUCCUAGACCUGCUACUGGUAGUGCGGCCCUCGCCCUCCAGACAUAAUGCAUUGAGCCCAGUUUCAGGGAACAUCACUGUGUGUGUGUGAUGUCACGAUGUUAUAUGUGUUGAGUUUAAUGUUGAGCUGAAGCAAGUUGGUGACCUUCCUCUUUGUGCUUUGUAAAGAAGACACCAAUGUUUGUCAGAGAAAAUUCCCCAGCAGUCAUGUUGAAGAGGCAGUGUCAUCCACCUGCUGUCCCCUUUGGAACAGUUCAACUGCAGAAAGGUCGGACUGAGGUUUUGUGCUUUGUCAUUUUUCUUUUUUAAACAAAACAUGACAACCUUGGCUUUUCUGAUAUGGAACACUUUUGUUGUUGUGGAGUUCCCUCUUGCUGUAUCUUCUAUGCAAUUCCUUUUCUAAAAAAUCCCCGGCGGAGGCAGAGUGCCCUUCGGACAUCUGUCCGGCGCCUUGCUGAGUGGUGGAGGUGAGGGAUACCAGCUCCGGGUGUGCCUCUUUUCUCUCCCUGGCUGCCAAUCCCGAUUUUUCCUGCAGUCCCCUUCGUUUGUAAAUUGCCUGCAUUUAUUCUGUCAGCCAACAUGUACAAAAUGUAAGAAAGAAUUUUUAAACAGGUAAUAAAUUAUAUUUAUAAGCAACAAA